AUGGUCAACUCGUGUUGUGGCUCCGUCUGCUCUGACCAGGGCUGUGGCCAGGAGACUUGUUGCCGCCCCAGCUGCUGCCAGACCACCUGCUGCAGGACCACCUGCUGUCGCCCCAGCUGCUGUGGCUCCAGCUGCUGCCGCCCCUGCUGUGGGGGUUCCAGCUGCUGUGGCUCCAGCUGCUGCCAGCCUUGCUGCCGCCCCACCUGCUGCCAGACCACCUGCUGCAGGACCACUUGCUGCCGCCCCAGCUGCUGUGGUUCCAGCUGCUGCAGGCCCAGCUGCUGCAUCUCUAGCUGCUGCCGGCCUUGCUGUGGGGGUUCCAGCUGCUGUGGCUCCAGCUGCUGCCAGCCCUGCUGCCGCCCCACCUGCUGCCAGACCACCUGCUGCCGGACCACCUGCUGCCGCCCCACCUGCUGUGUGUCCAGCUGCUGCCGCCCCUCCUGCUGCAGGACCACUUGCUGCCGCCCCAGCUGCUGUGGUUCCAGCUGCUGCAGGCCCAGCUGCUGCAUCUCUAGCUGCUGCCGGCCCUGCUGUGGGGGUUCCAGCUGCUGUGGCUCCAGCUGCUGCCAGCCUUGCUGCCGCCCCACCUGCUGCCAGACCACCUGCUGCCGGACCACCUGCUGCCGCCCCACCUGCUGUGUGUCCAGCUGCUGCCGCCCCUGCUGUGGGGGUUCCAGCGGCUGUGGCUCGAAUUGCUGUGGCUCCAGCUGCUGCCAGCCUUGCUGCCGCCCCACCUGCUGCCAGACCACCUGCUGCCGGACCACCUGCUGCCGCCCCACCUGCUGUGUGUCCAGCUGCUGCCGCCCCAGCUGUUGCUAGACCCCCUGCCACCACCCACCAACCUGCUCUAGUGGCUCUUGCUGCUGCUGAGUGCCCUGACCUGCACCCUGCUGUUUUCGUCA